GAGUUCUAUCUGGCAGCGCAUCUAUGUCCUUGUACACCGUGUAUGUUUGAGGGGGACCCCAGUAAACAGAGCACUGCAGCAGCAACAAAUAACUUCAAAUAGCCCCAGUGCGUUGACAAAGCUCACUUUUGGAUGUGAAUUCAAGUCUUCGGUGCGUGGAUUGGAUUAUAUUUUAUGCCACUUAAAAAGGAUACCUGUUACUUUUUUACGCUUUUUGGUUGAUUAUUAUAGAGGUAUGAAAAAGUGCAGGAUGAGCCCUACUGCAAAUCUAUGAGGAGAGUCGAGGUUGUGAGCGAUAAGCACGCUGCCUCGUAGAGAAGGAGAGCCGUACUUAUCUGCUCGAGUGGGGAACGGGACCACUGCUCUGGAUUAAUGUGUAUACGUCCAGGAAGAGGAGAGGAUUCUGGGAUACCCGGAGUACACUAGCGAUUGCGUCUGGAUUGAGACUUGGGGAUUGGCAUGGCUCAGUGCAGCUUUGUGUUACCUCAUCAUGCCUACCGGGCCUGAUUACAAAGAGGAGUUUGUACAAGCCUGGUCAACCCACGGAUCCCGUUUGAACACCUCCUAAAAUCCCAUUUGCAGUUAUGGCUUGUAAAACUUUUUUGUAAGACCGUUUUGGAUUUUUUAAUAUACCUGAGGGUGCAUGCUUUGAGGCGGUGAGCGGAUGCUUUUUCUUUGGGGCUUAUCUGCCAUGGUAAAGCCACUGAAAGAAUGAGCCUCUGACAACAAGAAAGAGGUCAUCGUCCAAACAGGGAUCAGCUCAGCAAACACUGAGCAGGUCAGGAUAUCACUGAAGCGCCUGACAAACUUCUCCAACGCAAAGGGCAAGGCCAAAUCAAGGAGCCUUUGACGGGAAAGGAAUUACAACUCUGUGUAAAGCAGGGGCUCCUGAGUGAUUGGCCUGCCAAGAAGCACAGGUUCAAGAUGGUGCGUCAGUGCGAGGCCUUUGUGUUGUUCCUCAUCAGGGUGGGGCUGUUGCUAGGUCUGGCUAACCCCCUGGUGACCUCUGCCUCGUGCCCCUCUGUGUGCCGAUGCGACGGGACCUUCAUCUACUGUAAUGACCGUGGACUGACAUCCAUUCCCUCUGGCCUACCCCAGGACGCAACAGUGCUUUUUCUGCAAAACAACCGAAUCAAGAGUUCAGGCAUCCCCACUGAUCUUCGUAGGCUGUCCAACGUGGAAAAGAUCUAUCUUUACUGCAACAAUCUGGAUGAAUUCCCUACUAACCUACCUCUGGGUGUCAAGGAGCUCCACCUACAGGAGAACAACAUUCGCAUGAUUACACAUGCUUCCUUAGCCCAGAUCCCCUACAUCGAGGAACUGCACUUGGAUGAUAACUCUGUAUCAGCUGUCAGUAUUGAGGAGGGGGCCUUUAGGGACAGCAAUCACCUCCGACUGUUGUUCCUCUCCAGAAACCAUCUGAGCACCAUCCCUUCUGGUCUUCCUAUGAGCAUUGAGGAGCUGCGCUUUGAUGACAACCGCAUCUCCUCCAUUUCAGAGCAGCUGCAGGACCUCAUCAACCUGAAGCGACUGGUGUUGGAUGGAAAUCUUCUCAACAACCGGGGGAUUCAGGAGUUUGCUUUUGUCAACCUGAUCAAUCUGACAGAGCUCUCCAUUGUAAGAAACUCUCUCACAGCGCCCCCUGCCAACUUACCUGGCACCAGUUUGGAGAAGCUGCAGCUACAGGAUAAUCACAUCAAAAGUGUCCCUCCUGGAGCCUUCGCCUUCCUCCGGCAGCUGUAUCGCCUGGACCUGUCUGGAAACAACCUGAGCAGCCUCCCACAAGGAGUUUUUGAAGACCUGGACAAUCUGACCCAGCUCCUGCUCAGAAACAACCCCUGGCAGUGCACCUGCAAAAUGAAGUGGGUGCGUGAUUGGCUGCGAUCGCUGCCGUCCAAGGUGAAUGUACGAGGCCUCAUGUGCAAUGGACCAGACAAAGUAAAGGGCAUGGCCAUCAAAGACCUUACCACAGACAUGUUUGAAUGCUCAGAUUCAGAAUUACUCUCAACAUUUGAAACAAGUACUGUCUCAAACACUGUGAGGCCCUCACAGCCACACAGGCCCGCUUUUGUGACCAGGAGGCCUGAAAGAAAAGACUUUGGGAGGAACUAUCACAGCACGACGACCACAGGCAGAAAGAUUAUCACCAUCAGUGUUAAGUCCAGCACUGCUGAUACCAUUCACAUAUCAUGGAGGCUGUCGCAGCCUGUGACUGCACUCCGGCUCAGCUGGCUCAAGCAGGGACACAGCCCGUCUUUUGGCUCCAUCACAGAGACCAUUGUGCAGGGUGAGAGGACCGAAUACCUGCUCACUGGGCUGGAGCCAGAGUCUUCCUAUAGGAUAUGCAUGGUUCCCAUGGAGACCAGUAACAGUUACCUGUCAGAUGAGACCCCUGUUUGCAUAGAGACAGAGACCGGAUAUCACAAAUCCUACAACCCCACGACCACUUUAAACAGGGAGCAGGAGAAGGAGCCUUACAAAAAUUCCAAUCUGCCUUUGGCUGCUAUAAUUGGGGGAGCCGUGGCUCUUUUGGCAAUAAUUAUGUUGGCUUUGGUGUGCUGGUAUGUCCACAGGAACGGUUCACUUUUCUCAAGAAACUGCACUUAUAACAAAGGCCGCAGGAGAAAGGACGACUACGCAGAGGCCGGCACCAAGAAGGACAAUUCCAUUCUAGAAAUAAGAGAGACUUCUUUUCAGAUGAUUCCUAUUAGUCACUUACCGGUGUCUAAGGAGGAGUUUAUGAUACACACAAUAUUCCCACCGAACGGCCUGAGUUUAUACAAAAGCCCACACAGUGAGAACAGUAUUAAUAGAAGCUACAGAGACAGUGGAAUACCAGAUUCAGAUCAUUCCCAUUCAUGAUAUUUAAACAUGGACACUUCUCAUGCGUGGAGAGACUUUUACACAACACUGGAUAUAUAAAACUAGAAAUGUACAUUUGCCAUAUAAUUUAUAUUUAAGGACAAUUUAUGAAGAAUGACAAGGCUCCUGUUUCAGGCCAACGCUGAACAGUGGGUGUUGUAACUAACUGCAAUUCUAUAUUUUAGGAAUUUGUAGUCAUUUGUACUGUACUUACUUUGUUUAAGGAUAAACCAACUUAAAGAAAACUCUGUGUUCUACUGAGAUAUGACUUGUCAACUGUGAAAGUGGGUUUUCAUUGCUGUGGUGAACAAUCAGACUCUAGAAAACCUUGUAGUAUAAGCACAGGUCAUUCUUUUAAGUUUUUGGCUGUCUAAAAACAAAAAAGCAAAAAAUUUGCUAAACUAAGGCACAGCUGAUUUCACUUAGGCAUGCUGCCCUCUUAGAGCGAUCAGCCGUAGCUGUCUCUAUGUACUUCUGGGCUUGAUUCACCUGGGAUGUAGUACAAACACUAAAGAUGAGGUGCCAUGCUUUAUUUCUCUGCUUUCAUCAAAGUGUGGAUUAUCUGUUUGCAAAGAAAUGCAGCCUAGAGACCCCAGAGGGCUCCUGUGUUUCUGUAGGAUUGCAGGCCACAGCACAGGACACAUUUAAGCACACAACCUUCACCAGAAGACUGGGCAGGCUGUCACAGACCCUCCACACAAUUUAUACAAGCCAACAAUGGCCCACUGACAAUGGCGGCAUUCUUUAGUACCAUGUACCAUACGUCAUUGUAGUCAGCGGCCAAAACAGCAGACACACUGGUGUAUUUUAGACUUACCACAGUGUCAGCAACUCCUUGGUAUGAGUAUUAUUUUGUAUUGUUUUCCAAUUGAACACAUUAUGUUGCCACAAUUUGAAGUUAACUGUUAUUUACAAUUGAAAACCAAAGUGCAUUGUAUGCCCUUUGGCCAGUCUUGUAUGUGCCUUGAUCCAAUGCUUAUUGUAUUUAGCUUUUUAAUAAAACAGUGACUUUUUUCAUACACACUUGAAUAUGAAAAUAUUGGUCAUCUUACAAAAUAAAAAAGUGUA